GAGAGAGAGGGAGAGGGAGAGAGAGAGAGGGAGAGAGACGACGUGCGUGUAAGAAGAGGGAAUGAUGAUGAACCAGAGAGCUCCGCUCAAAAUGGGCGUAACUUUGCUUGGUUGACGGGUUUCCGUUGAAGAGCGAUUUCGAUUCGUGUAAGCCAAGAACAGUAGUAGACGACCAACGACGGAAAAACAAAUGUAUUGAUCUUGCUCGCUGGACAUUUCCCUUGGAUAUGAAGCUAUGAGUCAACCAAUGAACAACCCCAAAGGAGAUCCUGUGCAGAGUGAAAGUGGUGCGCCGGCGCCUGUGCCUGCCCCUGCCCCUGCUCCUGCCUCUGCCCCUACCCUUGCCCUUGCCCCUGUCCCUGCCCCUGCCCCAGCUCCGGUAGUUGCUGGGCCACCCGAGCACCUUCGUUCUCGUGCUGGAAAUAAGGUUUUCAAGAGUGGGCCGCUGUUAAUAUCAUCCAAAGGUAUUGGUUGGACAUCAUGGAAGAAAAGGUGGUUUAUCUUGACACGCACUUCACUAGUAUUCUUUAGAACUGAACCGAAUGCCACUGCUCAAAAGGGAAGUGAAGUGAAUUUGACUCUUGGAGGCAUUGACCUCAACAACUCAGGCAGCGUAGUUGUCAAGGCAGAUAAAAAGCUCUUGACCGUGCUUUUUCCUGAUGGUCGUGAUGGCCGAGCUUUUACUCUGAAGUCUGAAACUUUGGAGGAUUUACAUGAGUGGAAAACUGCACUCGAGGAAGCACUCGCGCAAGCACCAAGUCCUACUCUUGUGAUGGGGCAAACUGGCAUAUUUAAGAAUGAGGCAGAUGAUGAGUCUGGUGACCAGGUGAAAGACAGACAGCCAGUGAAGUCAAUGGUUAUUGGACGACCGGUAUUACUUGCAUUGGAAGACAUAGAUGGAACACCAUCUUUCUUGGAAAAAGCCCUUAGGUAUAUGGAAGAACACGGAGUCAAAGUAGAAGGCGUACUGCGUCAAGCUGCAGAUGUUGAUGACGUUGAGCGUAGGAUUCAAGAAUAUGAACAAGGAAAAACUGAAUUUUCCGAGGAGGAGGAUGCCCAUGUCAUUGGUGAUUGUAUCAAGUAUGUAAUUCGGGAGUUACCUUCAUCUCCAGUACCCGCAUCUUGUUGCAAAGCAUUACUGGAAGCAUGUAAAACUGAUCGUAACAAGAGAGCUGCUGCUAUGCGUGAAGCCAUAUGUGAAACAUUCCCAGAGCCAAAUCGCCGUUUGUUGCAGAGAAUCCUUAUUAUGAUGACAAUUGUGGCUUCACACAAGGCUGUUAAUCGGAUGAGCACUUCAGCUGUGGCAGCUUGCAUGGCUCCCUUGCUUCUGCGUCCCCUUCUGGCUGGUGAUUGUGAGCUUGAAAAUGACUUUGAUGUUGGUGGUGAUGGUUCUAUGCUUCUUCUUCAAGCAGCCGCAGCAGCUAACCAUGCUCAAGCCAUUGUUAUAACUUUGCUAGAGGAGUAUGAUAAAAUAUUUGGGGAAGUGUCUGCAUCCCCUGAAUUAUACACUGAAUCUGAUGAGAGUGGAAGUGAGGAGUUAACUGAUGAUGAGGCUUAUGACGAUGAUGACGAAGAAUAUGAUGAUGAAGAGGAAGAAGAAGAAGAAGAAGAUGAUGAUGGGGAGGAAGAAGAAGAAGACGAUGAGGAGGAGGAGAUAGAUGACGAUCACGCCCAUGCAUCAACUGGAGCUUGCAGCGGAGAUGAUAACAUUUCUGAUAAUAAGGGUGCAAAAGCAGCCACCAAAGAUACUGAAUCAGAUGAUGAUAGUAAAGUGAAACAGAAAACACCAUUGAUUGCCACUCGAUCUUUGUCAGCUCGAAAAGAUGCAGUGCAGACUGGGGAGAAAAAAUCCAAAGAGAGUAACUCUAGCUCGACAGUACAAACAAUUCAAUCCGGUAAUGGACUUUCGGAAGAUACAGCUGAAGCAAAAACACAUAAACACAAUAUCAAUAACGAGAAAAUUCAGCAACCUGCUGCUAAAUCAUUAGUGUCAGUUCCUAGUACAAAGCGUGCUUCUGUUUUCGGACGCUCUCCUGCCAGUGGAAGGAAGGACUUCAAGAUCGAAUCUGCUGAUUCUCCUGCUGAAGUGGAGGAGGAGGAGAUUUUAAAGCUUGAAGCAAUGAAACUUGACUUGCAAAAGAAGAUUGAUGAGGAAGUCAAAAUAAAUGCAAGUUUACAAGCAAAGCUGGAGAAAAGAAAAGACGGUUUGCAUUCGCAUCGUUUAGUUCUUCAACGAGAUGUGUUAAGACUUAAAGAACAGUUACAAAAAGAGAGAGAUUUGAGAACAGUGCUGGAAGCUGGACUCAAGUAUCCUCAAGGGCCAAUUCCUGUUUCAAUUAUUGUUGAUGAAAAGAUCAAAGCUGAUCUUGAUGAAAUGGCUGAAGCCGAGGCAAAUAUCAGCAUCCUAAAGAAGAAGGUAGACGACCUUGAGUCACUGCUUCAUCAACAGCGUGAACUAAAUUCUGCUUUGACACUUAGUAAACAAGAUCAUCACCCCCCAAACAUGAAGGAGAAAACGGAUAUUCAAAGUUCCCUGGGAAGGGUGAGAAGUAAGAAAGAUUCCCGCAUGAGCAGAGCAGACAGUGGCCGAGAGUUAAAACCUAACCGACGAUCAUCUCAGAAUCAGCAGUCUGAUUUAACACCAACUGCAAGAUCAGGUACAGUUACAGAAUUAUCCAACAACAAGCUAAAGUCUUCACAUUCAAAGAAACAUAGCUCACAUGCCGAGGAUCUUCAAAGCCAGAUAUCGAGUGAGCAGCAAAAUUUGGAUAAAGGAUGUAACAGAGAAUCGGAAUCCCAACAAUAUCUACAUAACAUAGAAACUGAAGGACAAUCUAACCAAAGUUCCAAUAAUAAAGGAAGAUCAGAAGUGCAACAACAAGCUCCAAAUCUCGACAGAUUAAAAUCAAACAAUGAAAAAGGUAAGUAGAUUACCUGAGGUGUGGUUCAGUCUGUUACCACUCCGACAACCAAUUCCAGAUAAUGCGAUACAUUCAAAGUAGUUGGUGUUUUUCGUGGGAGCUCCAAUUAUCGUUUUUCUGUACAGGAGCAAAGAAGAACUCAUCUUCUUGAUGGGAGAAUCUUUUUUAUAAUUUUUUUAAUUGCAGGUGUGUUUAUAUUUGUUGUUAGAAUCAUUUUAUUGAAUGAAAUAUUGCAACAUAUGAUUUCUUCAUAGGUGGUUGGUUGGUUCCUUUCUUUUGCUUUAA